GCGUUAACUCUCCCACCGUUACCACUGCCAUUAACAUCCGACAGAUCGUGUUCUCUUCGGCGGAUCCCCAAAUGCCGAAACGCUAGCGUUUGAACUCAAUUCUCGCUGUUCCAUCGAGCUCUCUUGCCCAAAUGGAAGGAAGAGGAGGAGGAGGCACGGAGGAACGCAGGCGGAGCAGCAACAAUGACGUGAUCCGGCUGGAGCGCGAGUCCGUCAUUCCCAUCCUCAAGCCCAAGCUCGUCAUGAAGCUCGCAGAUCUCAUUGAGCAAAAUUCUGACAGGACUGAGUUUUUGAAGCUCUGUAAGAGGGUUGAGUAUACUAUUAGAGCAUGGUACCUUCUCCAAUUUGAAGAUCUAAUGCAAUUGUAUUCUCUAUUUGAUCCUGUUCAUAGUGUUAAAAGAUUGGAGCAGCAGAACUUGUCUCCUGAAGAGAUUGAUGUUCUUGAACAAAAUUUCUUGACCUAUUUUUUUCAGGUAAUGGAAAAGAGCAACUUUAAAAUAGUGACUGAUGAAGAGAUUGAUGUUGCACACCAUGGGCAGUACUUAUUGAACCUUCCAAUCAAAGUCGAUGAAUCCAAGCUUGACAAAAGGCUUUUGUCAAAGUAUUUUAAAGAGCAUCCUCAUGACAACCUUCCAGAAUUUUCAGAUAAGUAUGUCAUUUUUCGUCGGGGCAUUGGAAUAGAUCAAACAACAGAUUACUUUAUAAUGGAGAAACUGGAUAUGAUCAUUUCUCGGCUAUGGCUGUGGUUCCUCAAGAAGACGAGGCUACAAAUGCUAUUUUCCAGAAGACAAAGCAGAAAACCAAAGAGUGAUCCCAAAAAAACAGAUGAACUUAAUCCUGAAACAGAAGAAGAAGAUCUAUAUGUUGAACGUAUCCGGAUUGAAAACAUGGAAUUGAGCAUGCGAAAAUUGUUUGGCAAGAUUAUGAUACAGGAGCCUACUUUUGAUAGGAUGAUUGUUGUUUAUAGGGGGGCUGGCACCAAGAACAAGAUUGACCGAGGAAUAUUUGUUAAGCACUUCAAAAAUAUCCCUAUGGCUGAUAUGGAGUUAGUAUUGCCUGAAAAGAAAAAUCCAAGUUUAACUCCUAUGGACUGGGUCAAGUUUCUUGUUUCUGUCAUAAUUGGGCUUGUUACUCUUGUUAGUUCACUUGAAUUGCCUAAAGCAGAUAUAUGGGUUGUUAUAGCUAUCCUUUCUGGUGUUGUUGGCUAUUGCGCUAAGGUCUAUUUUUCAUUUCAACAAAACAUGGAAACUUACCGGAAUCUUAUCACACAGUCAAUGUAUGACAAACAAUUGGAUAGUGGGAGAGGCACACUUUUGCACUUAUGUGAUGAUGUAAUCCAACAGGAAGUCAAGGAGGUCAUAAUUUCUUAUUUUAUUUUGAUGGAGCAGGGAAAGGCAACAAUUCAGGAUCUUGAUUUUCGGUGUGAAGAACUCAUUCAGGAAGAGUUUGGAAUGAAAUGCAAUUUCGAGGUUCUAGACGCAGUCCAGAAGUUAGAGAGACUUGGAAUCGUUGCAAGAGAUUCUAUUGGAAGAAUAUACUGCCUUCCUUUGAAGCGGGCCAAUGAGAUCAUAGGUCCUACCACCGAGGAAUUGGUGGUAAAAGCUACACAAAGCUCUGCUUAAUGUUUCCUGGAUAAGCCGAAAAGAUGAUGAUAUAAAGAUCGAUCUGAUGGACGAACCUUGUUGCCAACUUGCCAUUGACAUUGCCAUCUGAUUUAUUUGGAUGAUGAUGCAGCAACUAAAGGCUAUUCUGACUCUUUUCAUCUUUAUUGAUGUUGAUUGAGAGUUGCCUGAGAGUAUUGCCAGUUUGAUUAAUGAUUUGAUGUUCCAUUAAGAGUUAAAUCUUAUUAUUUCAUUUCACAAUGUGUAGAACUAUUACAUAUCUAUCAGAAUUGGACCAAACAUCGACUUGAUUGAAUCAUUGGGUAAAUUGAUGCAUCCAAAUUCUAUACA